CUUCUCUAUCUGUAUAAGCUAUUGAGUUUCUCCAAAACACAUUCUCUUCUGCAUUUCCAAUACUCUGAUUCUUGGUUUCCAAUUGUUCCAUCUCCUUGAUGGCCAACGUUACCUCCUCAGGAAACAGAGAGCAGAAGCAUAAUAUCGAUUUAUCGAUUUAGGACGUCAUGUUACACAUGUGAAAUGAUUCUUCUCUCUCUUGGUAAAUCAAACGAUCUCACAAAUGAAAACGGUAAGGGAAACGGUGGACUCGUUGUUUGCUUUGGUGAAAUGUUAAUAGAUUUUGUGCCAACAGUGGGUGGAGUGUCACUAGCUGAAGCACCUGCUUUCCAGAAAGCUGCUGGUGGUGCACCUGCCAAUGUGGCUGUUGGCAUCGCUAGGCUUGGUGGUUCAUCUGCUUUUGUAGGCAAGGUUGGAGCAGAUGAAUUUGGGUAUAUGUUGGUUGAUAUUUUAAAGCAGAACAAUGUUGACACAUCUGGCAUAAAGUUUGACCCUAAUGCAAGAACUGCUUUAGCUUUUGUUACACUUAGAGCUGAUGGCGAGCGUGAGUUUUUGUUUUUCCGAAAUCCUAGUGCUGAUAUGCUUCUUCAAGAGUCAGAGCUUGCUACCGAUCUCAUAAAGAAGGCUAAAAUAUUCCAUUAUGGUUCCAUCAGCUUGAUUCACGAACCAUGCAAGUCAGCUCAUCUUGCUGCUAUGAAAAUUGCUAAAGACUCUGGUUGCAUUCUCUCAUAUGAUCCAAAUUUGAGAUUGGCACUAUGGCCCUCUGCUGAGGCUGCUCGGAAUGGCAUAAAGAGUAUAUGGGAUCAAGCCGAUGUCAUAAAGAUAAGUGAGGACGAGAUAACAUUUUUGACUUGUGGUGAUGAUCCUUACGAUGAUGAUGUUGUGUUAAAGAAGCUUUUUCACCCUAAUCUUAAGCUUUUAAUCGUUACUGAAGGGUCAGGAGGUUGUAGAUAUUACACCCAGGAAUUGAAGGGCAGGGUUGCAGGUGUCAAAGUUAAUGCUGUUGACACAACUGGUGCUGGUGAUGCAUUUGUUAGUGGUAUUAUGUAUAACUUAGCUUCUGACCAAAGUAUUUUCCAGAAUGAGGAACGUCUCCGAAAAGCUCUGUAUUUUGCGAAUGUAUGUGGUGCCAUCACAGUAACAGGGAGAGGGGCAAUUCCUGCACUACCCACAAAAGAAGCUGUUCUGCAAUUCGCUGAAACAUAACAUCUUUCUUUUCUCAUCAAAUGUUAAGCUAUAGCUUAGUUCUUACUAAGCUUCAUGUAUUGUAUUCUCCUUCUUUUGUGCCCUGUAUUUUCCUUAUAUAUAAUAAUAAUAAUAAAUUCAAUCUCUAGUUUUGUCU